UGCUGAUGUCAGUCAGGAGGAAGGGAAGCAGUGAAACCUCUGCUGCUGCUGCAUUGAGAGAGAGAGAGAGAGAGUCAGGCUGAGCGUUAAGGGUGCAGCAUGCUGCUUGGCUCUGGUUCCACUGCCAGCCUUUUCAGCAGCAGCAGCAGCAGAAGCAUCCUCCUCCUCGGCCGCCGCCUUGCAGGACCAAAAGGCGGGCAGGAGGAAGAGGAAGAGGAGGAGGAGGAGGAGGAGGAGGAGGAGGAGGAGGAGGGAGCAGCAUGGCUCGCUUGCCAGUGCCGCUGGGCGCCUGGGGCUGCUUGUGGUUUCUGGCUCUGGCCGUGCCUUGCCUGCUGCAACGCGCCCAGGUGAAGAAGCCCUUCCGUUGCCCGGCCACCUGCAGCAGCUGCACCAAGGAGUCGGUCAUCUGCGUCGGAUCCGCCGGCGUGCCCCGCAGCCUCCCCGCCGACAUCAGCUCCUUGAGCCUGGUAAAUGGAACCUUUGCUGAAAUUAAAGAAAGGAUGUUUUCCCAUCUGCCCUCCCUGCAGUUGCUAUUAAUGAAUUCCAACUCAUUUACCAUCAUACGGGAUGAUGCCUUUGGUGGUCUUUUCCAUUUAGAGUACCUAUUUAUUGAAGGAAACAAAGUAGAGACUAUUUCAAGGAAUGCUUUCCGUGGCCUUCGAGACCUGACGCACCUGUCUUUGGCCAAUAACCAGAUUAAAGCUCUGCCAAGGGAUGUUUUCGGUGAUUUAGAUUCUCUGAUUGAACUAGAUUUGAGGGGAAAUAAGUUUGAGUGUGACUGCAGAGCCAAGUGGUUGUUUUUGUGGUUAAAGAUGACCAAUUCUUCUGUUUCUGAUGUCCUGUGUGUUAGUCCAGAAGAAUUUCAGGACAAGAUGUUAAAUGAUGUCUCAAGUUUUGAUGAUGAAUGUACCACUACAGAUUUUGUGGUUCAUCAGAUUUUGCCCUAUGAGUCGGUUUCAGUUGACACAUUCCACUCCAAAAAUGACGUGUAUGUAGCCAUUGCUCAACCCAGCAUGGAAAAUUGCAUGGUAUUAGAAUGGGAUCACAUUGAGAAGAACUUCAGGAGUUAUGACAACAUUACUGGUCAGUCCAUAGUGGGAUGCAAGGCUAUCUUGAUUGAGGAUCAAGUUUUUGUGGUGGUUGCUCAACUUUUUGGCGGCUCACACAUUUACAAGUAUGAGGAAAACUGGACAAAAUUUGUCAAGUUCCAAGACAUAGAAGUCUCCCGCAUUUCAAAGCCAAAUGAUAUAGAACUUUUUCAGAUAGAGGGUGAAACCUUCUUUGUCAUCGCAGAUAGCUCGAAGGCUGGGUUGACAACCAUUUAUAAAUGGAAUAACAAGGGAUUCUACUCUUAUCAAUCCCUGCAUGAAUGGUUUCGGGACACAGAUGCCGAGUUUGUUGAUAUAGAUGGAAAAUCUCAUCUGAUCUUGUCAAGCCGCUCACAGAUUCCCAUUAUCCUUCAAUGGAACAAAAAUUCCAAAAAGUUUCUCCCACACAGUGAGAUCCCCAACAUGGAAGACGUGUUGGCUGUGAAAAGCUUCCGGAUAGAAGAUACCCUCUACAUCACGCUCACAAGAUUUAUUGGUGACUCAAGAGUAAUGAAGUGGAAUAGCAAACAAUUUGUGGAGAUUCAGGCUCUUCCUUCUCGGGGAGCCAUGACCCUUCAGCCUUUCGCCUUUAAGAGUCAUCAUUACCUAGCCUUGGGAAGUGACUACACUUUCUCCCAAAUUUUCCAGUGGGAUGAGGAGAAGAAGCUCUUUAAAAUAUUUAAAGAGAUCUACGUGCAGGCGCCUCGCUCCUUCACAGCUGUGUCAACAGAUAGAAGAGAUUUUUUCUUUGCUUCUAGUUUUAAAGGCCACACACAAAUAUUUGAACACAUCACUGUCGAUUUGAGUUUAUGAAGAAGCUCUGGGAGCGGGAAAUUCAUACAUAAUGACAUUUUCAUAUUUUAAAACAAGCAGAAAAAAAGGAGAUUAUUUGCUUCUUGGAAACAGGAAGUAUCCAUGGUAUUAGUCAGAAGUUUUCUGAAUUUUUUAGAAGUUUGCAUAUUUAAUCAGGGAUUGCAUUAACUUGGAUCUAACUGCAUGCCCACAUUACCAUUGGUUAAGAUUCUUUCAAACCUAUUAUUACUCAGAAAGGGAAUGUGAUGCAUUAAAAACAAUUCUAACCAAUCUAAAAGAAAUGAUGUAAAAUUGAAGAAGGAAAACCAGAAGAGAUAGGACAGGCCCACUGCGUUAAAGAAAAGAAGAAAAAACUAAUGAUUUGAGCCAAGCUUUCCAGAAGUGGAAUGUAAUAAGUGACUCUACAUACUUGACUGUCAUGUCUAAAAGUGAUCUCAAGGAGGAAAAGGUCUGUCAGGGUCAUAGGUGUGGAAAUGAGCCCUUCACAUUGCAGAGGAAAUGAAAACAGCUCUAUGUGUUGGCUUUUGGGGUGGCUGUUGCUGGAGGGGCCCCUGGAGUCAUAUCAUGGUCCCUAUGUCAUCCGUGCACGAUUGGUUGCCAAUCUGCACAGAGUUUCUAAGAGAGAAACAGUUGUAGACACAAGGAAGAACUGUGGUACCAGUCACUAGGACAAUAGAGGAAAAUAACUACCAGUCCUCAGAUAACUGAGGAGCACAUCUGUGAAGCGCAAUAGUGAAUUCUGAUUUUGUGCAAGUUGAUUCUGUUUGUUAAAAUUUGCUUGCCUAAUCUGUUUUAAGGGAAGGAUGAAGAGUGUGCAUGUGACACAUUCCCUAAAAUUCUUAUCAAGGUGGCUACCUCAUGGCAGAUCUGUAGUGAGCGUGAUCAAACUCUGAACCAAUUCAUUUAAUAGCCAGCCUCUGUUAAUGUAGUGAUUUUCAUGGCCUAAACCAGUGGUUCUCAAUUUGGGGAUCCCUAGACGUUUUGGCCUACAACUCCCAGAAAUCCCAGCCAAUUUACCAGCUGUUAGGAUUUCUGGGAGUUGAAGGCCAAAACAUCUGGGGACCCACAGGUUGAGAAUCACUGGCCUAAAUGUAGUGAAGGCAAGGCACAUGUCUUGCUUACAGAGUUUAGCAAAGAAACAUGACAAGUGACAACAUUUUACUACCGCGGUUGUUUCAUCUGCUGUUCCCUCAGAUGGCCCCAGUCCAAACCAUAAACAUUUCGCAGUGCCAUGGAAGGGAAUCAUGCACUUGUUUAAUGCUGUUAUUGAAAGAUGUGAGGAUGCAUAGUCCUUAUCUUUGGUUGGAUCACAAACCAUUAAUUCUGCUUUAAGUCUUUCAUGAACUUCCUGAUUAAUUUUGAUAAGGACCACCAUAUGUGGGUUUUGGUACUUUUUAUGCUGUUGGUCAAUUUGAGUCUUCUUUGCUUUGUUUAUCGGUUUUAUUCACUCCAUACAAAAUUUGAAUGAACUUCUCAUUUUGGUUAUUAUUAGGCAAUUAGGUUAGACCUAAGGUUCAAAUGAGAAUAUUAUAAGUAACAACAAGUUUAGCUUCAAAUUAUUAAGUGUUUCUAAAUGGCAAUGGGCUGUGUGUGCAUCUAGUUCCCAGCUUUUCUAACAUAAAUAUAAAUAUAAAAAGAGAGAAAUUAAAAAAAAUUAUGGCAACAUUUCAUAGUUUCAGGAUGGCUCUCCUCCCGCCCCAGUUAGCAUUAAUUAUUUCCCCUCAGGAAAAAUAAACAUGUCUAUAAACAGAAUAGACAUGUUAUUGGAAUUGAAUUGUUGUCUGUUGUAAGGCCACCCUGGGUCCCCUUUGGGGUACAAAUGUUGGAAAUAAAUAAAUAGGAACACUAGGAUGACAAUAAUUACAGCAGAAAGUGUUUUAACCUGUAAUUCAGUGUAUAGAUUAUAGAUCACACUGUACCUUCGUUUUUUGUACUUCCCAGGAUCUGAACAAUUCAAAAAGAAAAUCUAAUUGUCAAGAAAUUUAUUUUCCUUUGAGAUCCUUGUGAAAAAAAUUACAGCACUUAUCACAAUAUAGCUAAGUGUAUAGGAUCCCCUUCCUUGUUUUUGAGAGCCAAAUUGCCCAGGUAAUGAUAUAAGCUUGGCAGGUGAAUCCUGGGACAUAUCUACACUGAACCCUUAGGUUGGUGUGUGGUGUGAUCAGCUCUAUGGCAGCUAAAUGCUACAUAGGGGCUGAUUUGGCAUAAUCCAAGGAAAAGCAACAAAUACGGCUUCUACUCUAGAUUAAGCCAACUCAGGGGAAAAGAUGACUCCUGAAGCAGGGGUUGGGUUCUCCUCUGAGUUAAGGCUUGUCAAGACAACUGAGCCAGUUUCUAAACAGAACCAGCUUCAGCUGUCUUGACCGCCAUAAUGUCCCCUCCCACCCCGUUUCCCUAUAUUGUGGUUGGCUACAGCCAUGACAUAUCACUUCAUCACCCAGGGCUUGGGCUCCAUCCUACAACGCUUCCAGGACAGAGCCAAAUGGAGCCCAUCACAUAACCCAGGACUACUUCCAGUGAGGCUCCAUCCUGGAAACGUUGUAAGACAAAGCCCUGAGAACACGGCUACCCGUGUUCUCAUUAGGAAAGCCGGGAAUAGCGGCUGUCAGGGCAGUGACAAUUUCUGCUGUGAGAUGGGGAAGGGGGUGAUGCGGGCGAUGUGGGGCAUGAGACAACAAUUUCCCCCACUGCCCGCUGGAUUUGCCCCGCUGCCCCAUGGAUGCCCCAUUGCCCCCGCAAUGUAAUGAGGUCCAUAGGCACCUACAUUACUCUUAAGGGUCCACAGGCAUUGUUGCAGGUCCCAAAAAUGGGGGAUCUACCAGGUUCACUACCAGGAAGAGGAAGAGCAGGGAAUUUUAGUUAACCUGGUAGAUCCCCAAGAGUAAGAGUCCAUGUCGUGGCUCUGGCCAACCAGUGGGAGAAGUGGCAGAUAGGUCCCCAGCCCAGUGACCUAUCUACCACAGGGAGGUUUAGGGCCACAAAAUGGGCCCAACCCAGCAUCCAGCACCAGAUCAAGCCCAUUUUAUGGGUCAAGGCAGAAGAGCCUUUUAAAAAUGAACAUGCAGUGAAAUAGUUCACCAUCACACCUUCUUUUCUGGGUCCCAUUGACCAUCCCUUUCUCCUACCUACUUAAGCAAAGAGAGUCUUCAUUUUCUGUGUUGUCGAAGGCUUUCAUGGCCGGAAUCACAGGGUUGUUGUGUGUUUUCCGGGCUGUAUGGCCAUGUUCCACAAGUAUUCUCUCCAGAAGCAUUUGUUCUGUCCUCCAACAGACAAGAAUCCUUUCUCCCACCCUGGACCUCCCACAGAUAUAUAAAUCUUCCUUGCUUAGUCUUUCCAAUAUACCUCACAACCUCUGAGGAUGCCUGCCAUAGAUGUGGACAAAACGUCAGGAAAGAAUACUUCUGGAACAUGACCAUAAAGCCCUGAAAACACACAACAACCCUCUUCAUUUUCUUCUUUGCAGGAGAUGUGAGAAGAGAAUGGAGCAAUGAGGACAAAAGGGACAGAAAGCACAGUGAAAGCAGGAACACUUCUUAUUGCUAAAGAUAACAGUGUGAUCUUUGCCAUGAAGCUUGCCAACUCUUAACUCAUAGACAUCAGAGUUGUCAGUAGUGCCAACAAGGCAUCAGAGAAAGCAUUCUUAUUUUUGCCCUUUCUCUCCUUAACAGACCUUUUCUUAAAUUACACUGAAGUUACUUGCAUGCCGAGCUCGUUCUUCAGUCAAGCAGUUUCUUCAGAUGGCCUUUCUUCUGUUGGUCUUUCUUCUGAUGUCGACAAUAUUUUAUAUAACUUUGCAUUAAGUGAGCCAAAAUUCUCUUUUAUCCCCUACCUAUAUGAGAUGCACCAGCAAAGUGAUAACUGACCACAUUGGUGUUAAAUGAAGCCUGGGAAACGCUAGCAGUAGGUCACUCCAGGCAAUCUAGCUGAUGGAAAGCUCUGCUGAUGCUGAAAUGAAGCCGGCCCAGUGAAUGAUUCAAGAACCAAACUUUGUUCAGCAGGCUUUAAAAAUAAAUGUUACAGAUGACAGAGUGAAUGCAGGUUGUGGCCUUCAUUCAUCAUAACGAAAGUGGCAUUGCCGUGUGUGGCUUUGUCAUGGGUGGCUGGGAACAGGCGGUAUGUUUUGCCAAACAAGCCGUGCUCUCUUCUUCUGUCCAGGUUACAAAACAAAAUUGUCCUAUAACAAAGCAAUAUGAUUAUUUUUCCUCAAUGGAACAGAGUAGAGACUUUAUCCAGAAAGUUAACUUUACCCAGACAACUUGCUGUCUGUGGUCAGAGGCCACGCUCAGGGUUUUAAUAUAGCAAUAUUUGGCAUGCUAGAGCAAUAAGAUGAUAGCCAAAAUCCAAAGAAAAUAUUAAAGGAUCUUGUGACACCUUAGAGACUUGUAUAUUCACUAGCUUUUAUGGAUUCAAGUCCACUUGUGUCAGAGGCAGACAGGAAAGGUUAUUCUUAAAUAAACAUAGUGGUCUUUAAGAUACCCUGGGAUUCCUUCUGGUUUAUGCUGCAAUAAGUGUAAAAUGGAUACCCCUUCUGUAAUUUGAAGUAAAUGAUGCGUACUUCUGUCCCACUGGUAUCAAGGAGACAUGCACAUUUCAUUCCUCAGAUCCAUUUUUUCAAUGUCUUAUGGGUGAAUGCCAUGAUUGCUGGAUGAAAUUCACUCCAUCCAGCAUCAUUCCAUUGUAAAAUUCAGUUAAACAUUCUCAAUAAGACAAAAUCUGUAAGACACUACCAAUAAGUUAGUGGGUAAGAAUCCCACUAUCAACCAAGCUAGCGCUCAGCAACAUUUAAUUACUUCAAUUUUCCUGUUUUUGAAAAGACAACAACACGAUCUGCUAUAAGCAUGAAUGUUGACUUUUAUUUCUAAUGUGCGAAGUAAAACAGAUCAUGAUAUAAUAAGUCUUAGCUAAUAUCAUUAAAAGAAAGAAAAUCCUCAGAAAUGAUCAAGUAUAUGGUGUCUGCUGGUUUUUCUCUCGUCCAUAAAGCAGUUUCAUAUGUAUGGUAGACUGUGUUUCACUCCUGCCUUUCAGCACAACAUAUCAUAUACAGUAGAAUCUCAGUUAUCCAACAUAAACGGGCCGGUAGAACGUUGGAUAAGCAAAUAUGUUGGAUAAUAAGGAGGGAUUAAGGAAAAGCCUAUUAAACAUCAAAUUAGGUUAUGAUUUUACAAAUUAAGCACCAAAACAUCAUGCUUUACAACAAAUUUGACAGAAAAAACAGUUCAAUACGAAAUAAUGCUAUGUAGUAAUUACUGUAUUUACUAAUUUAGCACCAAAAUAUUACAAUGCAUUGAAAACAUCGACUACAAAAAUGUGUUGGAUAAUCCAGAAUGUUGGAUAAGCGAGUGUUGGAUAAGUGAGACUCUACUGUAUACUCGAGUAUAAGCCAACCCGAAUAUAAGCCGAGGCACCUAAUUUUACCACAAAAACUUGAAAAAUUUAUUAACUCGAGUAUAAGUCGAGUGUGGGAAAUGCAGCAUCUACUGGUAAAUUUCAAAAACAAAAAUAGAUACCAAUAAAAUUACAUUAAUUGAGGCAUCAUUGGGUUAAAUGUUUUUGAAUAUUUACAUAAAACAGUAAUUUAAGAUACAGUAGAGUCUCACUUAUCCAACACUCGCUUAACCAACGUUCUGGAUUAUCCAACGCAUUUUUGUAGUUAAUGUUUUCAAUACAUCAUGAUAUUUUGGUGCUAAAUUCAUAAAUACAGUAAUUACAUCAUAACAUUACUGCGUAUUGAACUACUUUUUCUGUCUAAUUUGUUGUAUAACAGGAUGUUUUGAUGCUUAAUUUAUAAAAUCAUAACCUAAUUUAAUGUUUAAUAGGCUUUUCCUUAAUCUCUCCUUAUUAUCUAACAUAUUUGCUUAUCCAACAUUCUGCCGGCCCGUUUACGUUGGAUAAGCGAGACUCUACUGUAAUAAUAAGACUUCAAUAAGAUGAGACUGUUCAACUCUGAUUACCUGUAUAUUCAAGUAUAAACCAACCCAAAUAUAAGCCGGCCAAGACCCUCAUUCAAAUAUAAGCCAUGGGGGGAUUUUUCAGCUCUGAAAACUUGGCUUAUACUUGACUGUAUAGGAUACUUAGAAUCACAGAGUUGGAAGAGACCACAAGGACCAUCCACUCCACCUCCCUGUCAUGUAUUUUGAUUAUUUUCUUCAUCCCUCACUUGCAGCCACCAUAUCAUUCACACAACUACGUGACAAAACUUAAAAUUAAAUAUACUGUUCGAGACAAAGAUCACCUGCUGAGACUUUGAAACUGUACCUCUCAGUCCUAAACCCAACACUCGAACCAUUAGAAUGCACUGGCUUAGGUUUCCCACUGCAAUUAAUGGGGUGUAAUAGCACUUGAUUUGGGCUGCAUUGUGCCUCUGUUUUUAACAUUACUUUCAGAAGGGUUUCCCGCAUAAGAGGCAGGCUGUAUAAGUAAACCACUAACUAUAAUUAAAUUGUCUUUGGUGGACCAAAGAUCUGAUAUGGUAUACAACAUCUUCCUGGAGGCAGCAAGCAUUUGUUUGGGUGGGUAUUGGUAUCAUAGUUUCAGGGUGGAUUACUAUUUUCAUAAUUCCUUCGGUAAAUGCUAGCUCAUGCUGACAGGAGCUGCAAUCCAGCAACUUAUGGAAGAGCACAGUUUCCCACCCUUUGCGUCACCUUUCUUUAUUGAGUCAAACAUUCUUCUGUUUUGCUGAGGAAUCCCUUAUGAGUCCCUUAGGAGUCCCGUGCAGUUAGAUAUGUGUAGGUUCACCUCCAACAUCCAGCUGUGGCUCUUCCAUUCGUACAUUUCUCUUAGAAAGCUUAAUUAAUCUCACAUAGUUGUGUGGAAGGGGACACAGUCCUUAUAUCCCAGGAUCUGAUCUCAGAUUUCUUCCACACAGCUGUGUGGAGCCCACAUUGAGCUGGAUUGUAUGGCGGUGUGGACUCAUAUAAUCCAGUUCAAAGUAGAUAUUGUGGAUUAUCUGCAACAAAAAAGUAAAGAUAAAUUAAUUGAAACAGCAUCAUUAUAACUCUAUGGUACAGGAUAUAAGAAAGCUAGGAAUUCUAAAGAAACAAUUAUCAGUACUUUGCACAAUAAUAAUAAUAAUAAUAAUAAUUUUAUUUUGUACCCCACCUCCAUCUCCUCGAAGUGACUCAGGGCAGCUUACAUAUGGUACAAAGUGUCUAAAAUAAUGCAUAAAAUAAACACACAGUGCAAUACAAAAUAAAACCAGCAGUACAGUAGAGUCUCACUUAUCCAAGCCUCGCUUAUCCAAGUUUCUGGAUUAUCCAAGCCAUUUUUGUAGUCAAUGUUUUCAAUAUACAGUAGAGUCUCACUUAUCCAACAUAAACGGGCUGGCAGAACAUUGGGUAAGCGAAUAUGUUGGAUAAUAAGGAGGGAUUAAGGAAAAGCCUAUUAAAAAUCAAAUUAGAUUAUGAUUUUACAAAUUAAGCACCAAAACAUCAUGUUAUACAACAAAUUUGACAGAAAAAGUAGUUCAUUACACAUUAAUGCUAUGUAGUAAUUACUGUAUUUACAAAUUUAGCACCAAAAUAUCAUGCUAUAUUGAAAACGUUGACUACAAAAAUGCGUUGGAUAAUCCAGAAUGUUGGAUAAGUGAGACUCUACUGUAUCAUGAUAUUUUGGUGCUAAAUUCGUAAAUACAGUAAUUACAACAUAACAUUACUGCGUAUUGAACUGUUUUUUCUGUCAAAUAUGUUGCAAAACAUGAUGUUUUGGUGCUUAAUUUGUAAAAUCAUAACCUAAUUUGAUGUUUGAUAGGCUUUUCCUUAAUCCCUCCUUAUUAUCCAAGAUAUUCGCUUAUCCAAGCUUCUGCCGGCCCGUUUAGAUUGGAUAAGUGAGACUCUACUGUAUAUAAAACAACAAUUUGAACUCAGACCAGCACCCAAUAACCUAUACUGGCAAGUGUCAUAAAAACAUGGCCAGUUGUAAACAAGAAGGGAAAGGGAUAGUGCAAGUUGGAGCUAAGAAACAAGGGCAUGGGAUGAAAGUGCAGUGCUGUAUCAUAAUUGUGGACCAUUGGGCUAGACAUUCUUAUUAUAGUAUAAAAGUACAACCAAGUGAUAGAUGGGGUUGGUGCAACAAUGACAAAAUGUCAUAUAUUACACAGUGUGUUUUCACAUGUGAGAUUUCUCAGGUUGAAUUGGUAAUAACCUAAUAAAGCCACAGUGGCUCAUUUUUUUCAUGUCAGGAGCAACUUGAGAAACUGCAAGUCGCCUCUGGUGUGAGAGAAUUGGCCAUCUGCAAGGACGUUACCCAGGGGACGCCCAAUAUUUUACCAUCUUGUGGGAGGCGUCUCUCAUGUCACUGCAUGGGAAGUUGGAGCUGACAGACGGGAGCUCACCCCGCUACCCAAUUUGAACUGCUGACACAUUAUGCCACCGGGGGCACCACAGAGGCUCAUUGAAAGUAAUGGAAUUGAAGUCAGUUGUGACUGACUUGUGUCUCCUUGAUUUGAAGCUUUGUUCCAGCUAGGUUGGCUAGCUAGUGCUUGCUAGGCCAAGUUUAUGCCUUCCAAAAUCAUUAUUGUAUGUUCUGUCAAGGUUAGAGAAAUGCAUAACUGGCAUGGGUACAGCAAUCACAAUUCACUUGGGGAAAGCAAUAAGUAGUAAUUAUAGCAUUAGUAUGUCCUUAUAUAUAGAUCAUGAGGGCGAUUAAGCAGCAAAGAAAAUAUCUUUCUUACACACAGGACAAAAACAAAGGAAAAACAACCUAGUUUCCAUAAUGGAGCGGUUAUGGAUUUUGGGUCUAUCCCAGUGGUUCUCAACCUGUGGGUCCCCAGAUGUUUUGGCCUUCAACUCCCAGAAAUCCUAACAGCUGGUAAACUGGCUGGAAUUUCUGGGAAUUGUAGGCUAAAACACCCGGAGACCCACAGGUUGAGAACCACUGGUGUAUCCUCUCAAAAAUACAAAUCUUAUAAAGGUAACAGAUAGAUUAUAAUGAAUCAGCCAAUGAACACCCAUCAGUUUCAAAAGACUUUAGAGACAGCUAAUUUAUACUAUCUUGUUAUUAGAACAUCAGAGUCUAUCGAAUUCGGAGGUUAAAUUCUGGAGGUUAGAUAUACUUAAUCUUCCUGAAAUGGGUAAGUGCAUGUUUUUCUAAAUAGGACCAAGUUGGAUCAUAAUAAUAAGCAAACCUAUUUGGAAUAAAGAUUCAAUAAAAUAAGCAUAAUUCAUAUUCAAGUAAACAUGGAUUAUGAUCAUAUUAUAAUUAUAAUCUGGGCCAAAUUAAGGCAUUUAGGACUCACCGAUUUUAAUGUGAAAAUGUUGAAGGCUUUCACAGCCGGAAUCACUGGGUUGCUGUGAGUUUUCCACACUGUAUGGCCAUGUUCCAGAAGCAUUAUUUCCUGAUGUUUUGCCCACAUCUGUGGCAGGCAUUCUCAGAGGUUAGGAGGUCUGUUGGAAACUAGGCAAGUGGGGUUUAUAUAUCUGUGGAAUAUACAGGGUGAGAGGAAGAACACGUGUCUGUUGGAGGCAAGUGUGAAUGUUGCAACAGUUUCCAACAGACCUCACAACCUCUGAGGAUGCUUACUAUAGAUGUGGGCAAAAUGUCAGGAGAGAAUGCUUCUGGAACAUGGCCACAGCAACUUAAUGUGGAAGUGUUGCACAGAGAGCUGCAUGCUCAAAUCUCUCACAGAAAGCAAUGAGAGGUGAAGAUGCUAUUCUCAGACUGUAUCACUUCAACAGUUGAGCCUAUGCUGCCUGAGACCCUUUUAUAAAGAAACAAGGUUCUGAAUCCAGGUUGACUUUGCUUCUGCAAUGACCAAGUCACAAAAUUAGGACCAAGGACACAAUGCAGCAAAAUUAGAAAUUUUCAAGCCCAAUUGCUUUCAGUGUAAGAGCUAAGUAUACCCAUAACUCUCCCAUUAAGCAUGUGCUUAAUUCUCCCAUUAAAAUUAAUGGAAUGUAAAAAUGUUUAACUUUUGCUAUAUUACGCCCUUGCUGUUUGAAAGAUAACAGAUCAGUACUAUUGGAUGAAAGACACUGGGAAUGGAUUGGAAACGCAGAGGAAGGGGACAGAAAUGUAUUAAGAAAAUGAACUCUUAUUGCAACAUCCUCUUAAUACUUAAAAAAAGUUUUGAAAGAGGAAGAACGUUGCACAAAGUAUCUUGUCAAAUCAUACUUCUACUGUUUUUGCAGCAUGUUACAAUGCAAGCAUGAAAAACAGAUAUAUACUGAUAUAUAAAGAAGGUGAAAUGCAAGUUUGCCAGAUGUUUUGUUUGUUUUUUAUGGAUUGUGAAAACAGCUUCAGAGUAUCUGAGCCUAAACACAACUUUGUUGUUUCCAUUGUCUUCAUUUAGAGAAAGAACAAUGGGCACAAUGAAGGUCUACCUGUCCCUGAGCACAAUGAGGACCCACAAAUUUUACUGCAAAAGUAAAGCAUGCACAUUUCCAUCUCAUUGAAAUCUAUAGGACAAGACAGUCUAUAUUUGGCUGGAUCACAUCCUACAUAUUAGAGUAGGAGUAACUAUAUCUAUGCAUAGUUCAUACAGUCAUGCAACUGUCUACAACACAAGCCAUGUGCAAAGAAAAGUGGUAACAACAACAAGCAGUUUCACACAAUUUUUAGGUAUGUAUAUACGCUGUAGUUUAUAACAGUAUUGUGGCAGCAAUAGAAGCAUUUCAAGGCUGUACAUAUGUAUUGCUCUUUUAUACAGAAAUUAUCUUCGAUGCUCCGAAAGCAUAUGUGUACUCUGUCAGUAUCUGAAUAAAAAUCAAAGUUAGCAAAAUAA